AAAAACCAACAAAGGAGGAGAUUCGUCUUGCCGAAGACAAAGAUCACUCCAAAUACUGGAGGAGAUGGGGAACUUAUAUGGCCCAGAGGGCUUGGGGGCUACCUCGGGAGGAUUAUACAGCUGAUGGAGACGCAUGGCAGUUUGAUUUUGAAACUUCUAGGUCCAGAGUCUACAGAUGGACAGAAGACGGCUUAGGGGGUAUAUGCGAUAAUCACCAAUACAUCUGUCUGAGUUUGGCCUUCUGGAAUGAAAAUGACGACAUUCUCAAAGAGAAACUGUUUGGACUUCCUGGAGGCGCUUCUCCAAAGAGUGGCAAUCAUGGUGAGGAUGUUAAGGAAAUGUACUAUUACCUGGACAACACACCAACCCACUCGUAUGCCAAGUUUUUGUACAAGUACCCAAUUGGCAAAUUUCCCUACGAGCAGAUUUACGAAGAGAAUUCCAGGAGGUCAAAACUGGAGCCUGAGUAUGAGAUUACCGACACUGAUGCUUUCAAGGAUAACAACUACUUUGACAUCUUUUUUGAAAUGGCUAAGGAUGCAGAUGAUCCUGAGGAACUGAAUUUUAGAAUCACCGCCUAUAACCGCUCUCAGGCAGCAGCUCCUCUGCACAUAAUGCCACAGAUUUUUUUCCGCAACACAUGGGCCUGGGGAGAAAACAAAAAUGCUGAAAAACCAGUACUUUCAAAGGAGUUCCCUGACUCUGAGUAUUCCAUUAAGGUGGAUCAUUUUAAAUUAGGGGAUCGUCGUCUUGUUUUUGCCCCUGCCCCAGGCGUAAAUGAGGAUUCCGAGGACGUUGAGCCGAAACUUCUUUUCUGUGACAAUGAAACAAACUUCAAGCGGCUUUACGAUGUGGAAAAUAAAACAAAGUACACUAAAGAUGGUUUCCACGACUACAUCGUUGACGAAGUCGAAGAAGCUGUCAACCCAGAUGCAAAGGGAACAAAAGCGUGCGCUUGGUUUGUUUUUGACGAAAACGGGGGUAUUCCGGCUGGUGACUUUGUGACCAUAAGGUACAAACUGACAAAAAGCAAGGAGAUAGAAUUUGACGAGGAGGAGUUUGAUAUGGUGUUUGAGGAACGUUUGUCUGAAGCAGAUGAAUUUUACUGGAAUGUUUCGCCUCUUCCACUUCCCCAGGAACUUCGCAACGUGCAGAGACAGGCUUUUAGUGGAUUGCUAUGGAAUAAGCAGUUUUACCAUUUUAUUCACGACUUUUGGUACAGAGGAGACCCUAACUCUGAUAUUGCUCCCGUGAUUGGCAGGGCCAACGGGAGAAAUAAGGACUGGAAAAACUUGUACAAUGAAGACAUCUUAUCGAUGCCUGAUGAUUUCGAAUAUCCUUUCUAUUGUUCUUGGGACACCGCUUUCCAUACAAUUCCGUUUGCAAUGAUAGAUCCAAAUUUUGCCAAGAAGCAGCUUGAUUUACUCACCAGAGAAUGGUAUAUGUCUCCUCAAGGGCAAAUUCCAGCAUACGAAUGGAACUUUUCUGACUCAAAUCCUCCUGUUCAAGCAUGGGCUGCUUACAGAAUAUACAAGAUCGAGAAGAAGAUGUACAACCAUCAGGACAGACAAUUUUUGGAAAGAGUGUUCCAAAAAUUCUUGAUCAACUUCACUUGGUGGGUGAAUAGGAAGGAUCCCGACGGAAAUGGUAUUUUUGAGGGCGGUUUUCUGGGUUUAGAUAAUAUCAGUCUUUUCAAUAGAUCUGAGCCUCCCGCAAACGUUGAACUGUUUCAAUCGGACUCCUCUGGAUGGCUAGCCUGGUAUGCUCUGGUCAUGAUGAAUAUUGCUUUAGAGCUUGCUAAAGAGAAUCCCGUCUAUGAAGAUGUGGCAUCCAAAUUUUUUGAACAUUACCUCCUCAUUGCUGAUGCAAUGUCCUACUUGGCCCCUCCGGGUGUCUCCAAUGAACAGACUUUGAUUCCUACCCCAGAAUCUUUGUGGGACGAAGAAGACCAGUUUUUCUAUGACAAAAUUCAUUGGGGAGGAAAUAAAACCUCUGCCAUGAAGGUUCGCUCUUUGGUCGGCUUGAUUCCUUUGUUUGCCACUUGUACUCUUGAGCCUGAGUUGCUAGAGAGAUUCCCUAACUUCAGAAAAAGACUGAACUGGCUGAUCGAGAACAAAAAGUACCUGAUUGAAAGAAAUAUUGCAUCCAUGGAAACUAAAGGUUCUGGCGAUAGACUGCUCCUCUCCUUAGUUAGUAAAGAGCGUUUGGUUGCAAUCCUGGAGAAACUGUUUGAUGAGAAUGAAUUCUUGGCACCUUAUGGUAUUCGGUCACUUUCCAAGUAUCACGAGCAAAAUCCAGUGUCCAUGAAUAUUAAUGGCCAAGUGUAUACCAUCAAUUACCUACCAGGAGAGUCUGACUCUGGUCUUUUUGGAGGAAACUCCAAUUGGAGAGGACCGAUUUGGUUUCCUACAAACUUCUUGCUGAUCGAAUCGCUGCUCAGAUUUUAUCUUUAUUACGGUUCUGAUCUCAAAGUCGAGGUUCCAAAGGGCAGCGGUCAAUUUUUGAACUUAGCACAAGCUGCUGAAGAGAUCCAGCAGCGCCUAAUUCUUCUUUUCUUACCAAAUGAAAAGUAUGAACGUCCAUAUCAUGGUCCAGUGAAAGACCCACUAUUGACCAGCGAAUACUUCAGAGAGCUUGUCAACUUUUACGAAUAUUUUGAUGGAGACACUGGACGUGGGUUGGGCACCAAAUGGCAAUGUGGCUGGACAGCUCUGGUUGCUCGGUUUAUUCAGGAUGUGGGAGUUGCCUGUAGAACUCCGAACAGGCCUCGGCACAGGAGGUCGUAUUACGACGAGGAUGAGAUUAAAAACUAUACACCUAGACCAUCUCCAUUUCCGCUUCUUGUUAGACGCAAGUCUGGCAAGUCGUUAUUGAACCUUACUGCAGAAAAGCUGGACAUUGAAGACGACGAGAAGGCCGCACACAAAGUUCCCGGUCUGAGCCGUAAAGCAUCAAUCAAGACUAUGAAUUCCGAUAAUCUGGACCAGCACGAAGACCUGAUGAAGCAAGUGCGUGAUGCCAUGGCCAAUUAUAAAGUGGAAGACGACAUUGUUGUUUCAAGUGAGGAAUUCGAAACCAAGAAAUGAGCAUAUAUAUAUAUAUAUUUAAUUAAAUUUGCUGAUAAUUGUUAGGAAGAUCAACAUUAUAAGGACAGCAAUGAUUCCAUAGGUGAUCAUCUUAUUUGUUGCAAGGCGGCGAGUCAUCGUUUUCAAAGUAGCGAGCGAUCUAUCGACGUAUGUGUCGGCCUCUGAUAAAGUUUCGCGCGCGUUCAAGAUCUGCUCUCUCUGCGAACGAAGGUUAUCUAAAAUACCGGUACCGACCGUUUCGGUUUCCAAAGCUGUUCGCGUAGCCUCAUUGAGCCGUUGCGUGGACCUGUCAAUUGAAGAAUGAGAGUUAAGCAGCUUCUGCCUUUGGUUGUAGUCUUCUUGGCUGCCGACUCCCAGAAGAUUCACUCUAUCGUUGUCAUCCAUUAGCGAUUUGAGGUCCGACUUGAGUCUUUCUAGAUCUUGUUUAUAUGUUCUAGUCUUGGCAUUGUAAGAAGAUCUUUGAUGCGUGGGAAGUUGGUGCACUUCAAGAGACAUGGAGUCGAUAAGGUCAUAUCCAUCGUCUAUAAGCUUUUCCACUUCUCUCAUGAGGUCCACGCGUGUAUUUUGAUCUGCAAGCCCAUAUAUUUGACCCAGUUUUUGCUGGGCCUCCGAGUAGGCCAGCUUGAAGUCGGUCUCGUAAUUAUCAAACAAAG